AUAUUGACAGCUCUACAAAUUUAUUUGCAAUUAUUGUUAACAUACAGAUGCGAGUUUCUCCUGUAUAUUUAAAGGCGAAAAGAUGUCCGAAAACUCACCUGUACGAACAUAUCAAAUUUUGUGCGCUUUAGGUGUCGGUUUGGGAGGAUUUAUGAUUGGAAACGCUCUAGGUUGGUCUUCUUCUGCUGAGCCCAUCUUACUCAAAACAUAUGACGACGGUGAAUUGAGAUGGAUUUACAGUUUCUUGCAUGUGGGAGCAAUCGUAGCAGAUAUUUACAUUUGCUUCACAAUUGACUUUCUCGGACGACGUUCGGCGAUAUAUUUAAUAACGUUGCCGUUCUUUUUUGGGUGGACAAUUUUGGGAACAGCGGAGUCAUUUGCAAAAUUUUGCUUGGGAAGAUUUAUUUUGGGAUUUGGCACAGCGGUGGCUUGCAUUUACGCACCGAGCUAUAUAACAGAAGUUGCGGAUAAAAAAAUUCGUGGUGCAUUAAAUGAAAUCUUCAUUUUUGCAAUUGCCCUAGGGAUGAUUGUUGUGUAUUGCAUGGAGGUACUAGAUUCCAUGAUUUUAAUAACACUACCAUUUUGCUCUGUGCCGGUAAUUUUCCUGGUAAUUUUAUUGCUUCUACCAGGCUCACCUAUAAUGCUAUGUAAAAAAAAGCAGAAAGAGAAUGCCAAACAAACGUUGCAGUUAUUCAGAGGUCAAAACUACAAUAUAGAUGGUGAAUUUGAAGAAAUGGAAAAGUAUACCACAAGUUAUUUUCUUGAGUUCAAAGACGCCUUGAAGGAAAACGGUUGUGUCAGAGGAACAAUUAUGGUAAUAUCAAUGCAUUGUGCUCAACAAUUAACCGGUAGUUACGCAAUAAUCUUCUUUGCGCGGCGAAUAUGCGACAUAGCAAACGUACUUGCAAAUCCUAAUCAUGGCGCUAUAAUAUUUGCGUCAGUUCAGUUGGUCGGUAGCUUAAUCUGUGCCUUACUUGUUGAUCGAUUGGGUCGAAAGCCACUAUGGAUUGUCUCAUUGGUACUGAUGGGGCUCAGUCACACUCUAACAGGAUUAUAUUUUGCAGAGAAGGAAGAGUCCAAAAUAAAUCCCAUUGCCACUCUUGCGAUCUUGAUGGCGGCUUACUCAUUGGGAGCAGGUCCACAUCCUUUCAUGAUGAGCAGUGAACUGCUUCCAAUGGAGGUAAAGAGUUUUUCAAACUCCCUUGCAAUGGGCUGCAGUUGGUUUAUUGGACUUCUCCUUACUCAUCUGUUUUCUCACGCUAUAAAUACGGAAGGCAUGCGCUACUAUGUGUUUUUUAUGUUUGGUAUCUUAUGCUUCGUCUCCGCGUUACUUAUAAUGGGCGUGCUGAUUGAAACAAAACGCAAAACCCUUGAGCAAAUCAGAAACGAAUUGGACAGUUAAA